AUGAAGACAGCCACCGGUCCAGACACGUGGGGCACUUUCCUGACCUACACAGGCCUGGGUUCCGGCACCCUGGCCGCCUGGAACAGCUUCAUCCUGGGGGCAGACUACUUUGAGUCCCGAUUCCCGGCAAGUGGUUUGUGUGGCGGGGGCCAGCACGCCAACCGCCUGUUCACAGUCUUCUAUCUCCCCGUCAACCUGAGCGUGGUGGCGGGCCUGACGUACUGGAACACCCUGCUCUCCACCCGCACCCGCAUCCGGAUAGGCCUGGCCGGCUCCGCCCUCGGCCUGGCCCUGGUGCCCCUGCUGGGCGCGCUGCCUCCUAGUGGCCUCACCCUGGCGGCCACGCUGGGCCUGCUGUGCUGCGUGGGCGUGACGGACGGCCUGACCCAGCCCGCGCUGUUUGCCGAGGCCGCCCAGGGCCCGCCCCUGCUCACGCACGCGCUGGUCACGGGCACCGCGCUGGCGGGGCUGGCGGCCUGCGCGCUGCGCGUCGCCACCAAGGCCCUGCUCCCACCCACGCCGCGCGGCCUGGCCGCCAGCGCCGCCGCUUUCUUCUGGGUGGCCACCGCCUGGGUCGCGGGCUGCCUCGCCCUGUACCUCACGCGCGCGCAGCGUCCUCGGGAGGGUGUCGAGGAAACCACGCCCGGCGCGCGGACCCCCACCCCAGCGUCACCCCCGCCCCGGGUCGAGCUGUCCCCCUCCGUCCACGGCGCGAGCGAGGAGGACGCCGAGGCGAGCUUGCUGCCGAGGGGCCCCGCCCCGGAGGCUGUCCUGCGCUCGCCGUACCUCGUGCCACUGGGUACUGCGAAGGCCGGCGUGGGGGAGGUGAGAGCCACGCUGCGCACGAUAUGGCGGCUCAGCUUGGCCACGUGCCUCAUUUACACGGUGACCCUGGCGAUCUUCCCCGGGGUCCUCGUGGAGGACGCCAGGGCUCCCAGCGGGGACGCGGGGCGCGGCUGGUUUGUCGUCAGCAUGAUGACCCUGUUCAACCUGGGCGAUCUGGCGGGGAAGGGCGGCCCCACCCUCGUGCCGGCGCUGCGCUGGAGCAGGCAGGGCGGCAUCCUGGGGGCGGUGUGCCUGCGCGCCCUCUUCAUUCCCGCCUUCCACCUCGCAGGCGAGCGGCAUUGGCCCGGGGAUCGACUUGUUUCUCAGCUGUCUGCACCGGCCGGGCUGGCGCUGUGCACGCUGGGCCUGGGUUUCACAAACGGCGUCCUGACGAGCAGUGCUAUGGCCACAGCCCCGGCUCACGUCGCCCCAAGCCAGGCCGGCCUGGCAGGCAGCAUCAUGGUCCUCUCCCUGGACGUCGGACUGGUCCUGGGCGCCGCGCUCAGCUUCCUCUGGCUGCUGUGA